AUGGAACGGAGGAGUCUUCCGUUCUCCUGUAUGUUCUUGGCCCUUGCUUGCCUGGUGCUUCUCCAGAGCGUCCAUGGCGCCGAGGGGUACCGGAACUACACCGUGGGGGACUCCCUCGGGUGGUACGACAAGCUCAAGGAGCCCAAGGUCGACUAUAAGAAGUGGGUCGCUGGCAAGAACUUCAGCCUCGGAGAUUUCCUCAGUAAGCCUCUCUCUCUCUCUCUCUCUCUCUCUCUCUCUCUCUCUCUCUCUCUCUCUCUCUCUCUCUCUCUCUCUCUCUCUCUCUCUCUCUCUCUGUCUAUCUAUCUAUCUAUCUAUCUAUCUAUCUAUCUAUCUAUCUAUCUAUCUAUCUAUCUAUCUAUCUAUCUAUCUAUCUAUCUAUCUAUCUAUCUAUCUAUCUUUUCUUUGUUCCGUGGAGAAGAUGUUUUUUGCUUUGCCACAACCAAUGAUUAGGGUCAUCGCAUUAAUUCAGAUUUCUUUUUUCAGUUCUGUGCUUCUGUGUAGGGUGAUCCAGUAGAGAGAGAGAGAGAGAGAGAGAGAGAGAGGCAAUGUGCUUCAUUGAUACCCAUAUGGGGGAAUUACUGGAACCCGGCAGAGUCCCGUCUUCCAUAGGAAAGAUGGCGAGUACCCACUUGAUUCGAUCCCCAUUUUUGCCAGUUUCAAGAUCGAAACUUCUCUGAGCCGACACCAAUUUGCCCUCUCUCUCUCUCUCUCUCUCUCUCUCUCUCUCUCUCCUCUCCAGCUGUGGUGGAUUGGUGCAAUUAAAAACUACUCUUUCCUGAAGAUCCGAGAAGCACGGACAAACUCAUUUCACCAUCUCUCUCUCUACAGUCUUCAACACGGACAAGAACCACUCGGUGGUCCAGACGUACAACGCGACGACCUACCAGCGGUGCGACUACAAGAACGCCGAGGACGACACCGUCCUCUGGUCCACCGGCCCCCCGAGCUUCGACGGCGUGCCCGUCUCCAUCGCCGUCGCGCUGGUGGCGGAGGGCAUGAACUACUUCUUCUCCGGCCUCUACGCCGGCGCGCAGUGCAGGCACGGCCAGCGCUUCAAGAUCAACGUCACCCACGGCCACGGCCUGCCGGAGAGCCUCCGCAACCCGCCGCCGGCCGCGGAAGCACCGCCACCCGACGACGGCGGCGUGCCGGAGACCACCGUCCCCUACGACUUCAGCCACCCGAAGCCAAUGCAGGAGGGUAUGGCCUCCGGCGGCCGGCGGCGCCACUCCGCGGUUGACCUUGCAGGGCUUCUCGCCGCCGUCUUCUUACUGGUAUAUAUGGGGGGGAAACCUUAA